UCCAGGUCUGUACGACACAUGAAAUGCACGUCAUUCAAUGUGCUGUUUAGCUGUUGGACAAAUCAUUCCAAUAUUCGCGAUGGGGGACGGAAGACAACGACGCAAACUGGAGUGUUGGUGGUUUGUUCUGUGCCUCUUUUUUCUAUUUUGCGUCGAACAGCAGGUUUCAGCUCAGAUAAGAUACUCUGUUCCAGAGGAGAUCAAAGAGGGAGCCGUUGUAGGAAAUAUUGCAAAGGAUUUGGGUCUUGAUGUCAGUACAUUGGUGGAAAGGCGAUUUCGUAUCGUUUCUGGAUCUAAGGAUGCUCCUUUUCAGGUAAAUCUGAACAAUGGUAUGUUCUAUGUUCAAAACAGAAUCGACAGAGAAGAGCUUUGUGCCGACAAUAAUGUCUGCCAAGUGAAUCUGAAAAUUGCUCUCGAAAAUCCCCUCGAAAUUCAUUAUGUUGGCGUUGAGAUUACGGAUAUCAACGAUCAUGCACCUGUUUUCCCCGAGAAAGAACAGAAUUUAAAGAUCGCAGAAAAUACUUUAACUGGUGCUGAUUUUCAGUUGCUCGCAGCUCGCGACCCCGAUUCUGGAGCAAAUUCCCUUCGUACAUACAAACUGAGUCAUAACGAACAUUUUGAAUUGGAAAUUAGAGAUGGCGGAGAAGACAACAAGAUCCCUAUUCUUAAACUGCAGAGAGCUCUUGAUAGGGAGCGACAUAGUAAGCACCACGUAGUGUUAACCGCUCUCGAUGGUGGAAAUCCACAGAAAUCAGGCAUUAUGAACAUUACCAUAAAUGUAAUUGAUAUUAAUGACAACAGACCUGUGUUUAGUAAAGAUGUUUACUCAGUUACAAUUACUGAAAAUCUUCCCGUAGGGAGUCUCAUAUUACAAGUGAAUGCCACAGACGCAGAUCUGGGAAAGAAUGGUGAUAUAAUAUAUUCAUUUGUGAGCAACUUAAAGAAAAAGGUGUAUGAUACAUUUGAAAUAGACAAGAAUACAGGUGAAAUUCGUGUUAUAGGUAAUGUUGAUCACGAAGACACAGAAGUAUACAGAGCUGACGUCACAGCGUCAGACAGCGCAGAGCCUCCCAUGACUACAAACUGUAGAGUAGUCAUAAAAGUUACAGACGUAAAUGAUAAUAAACCAGAAAUAGAGGUCACCUCUCUAUCCAAUCUAGUACCCGAGGAUUCUAAAUCAGGAACUGUUAUUUCACUGAUUAGUGUAUCAGAUAAAGACUCGGGUGCUAACGGAAAAAUAGUCUGCAGUCUUUCUGAGGGUACUCCGUUUGAGCUAAAACCUUCUUUUCAGGAAAAUAUUUAUUCGCUUGUGACGCAAAAGGCUUUAGAUCGGGAGUUGGUUGCUCAUUAUGACAUUUUAUUAACUGUUACUGAUCUAGGGCAGCCUCCUCUGUCCUCAGUAAAGACUUUAAGCAUUGAGGUUUCAGAUGUGAAUGAUCAUAAACCAGAAUUUCCGCAGAAUCCUCUCGAGCUUUUCAUAUUCGAAAAUAAUCCGCCCGGCGCGUCAGUAUUUUCCAUUAGCGCACUUGACAAAGACAUGAACGACAAUGCUGUCAUUUCAUAUCAUAUAAUUAGAGGUGAUGGAACAAAAGGCGAUUUAUCGUCAUUCCUGAAUGUCAAUUCGGAAACUGGAGCUAUCCAUGCGCUUACAAGUUUUGAUUUUGAAACGAUGAAAACUGGACAGUUUCAGGUGUUGGCUACAGACUCUGGAACUCCGUCUCUGAGCAGUAACGUGACAGUGAACGUGUUUAUUCUGGAUCAGAACGACAACGUUCCAGUGAUCUUAUAUCCAGUCAGCGCUAACGGUUCUGCUGAGGGUGUGGAAGAGAUUCCCCGUAAUGUGAACGCAGGUCAUUUGGUGACUAAAGUCAGAGCCUAUGACGCAGAUAUAGGAUACAACGGCUGGUUAUUAUUUUCACUGCAGGAAGUUAGUGACCACAGUCUCUUUGGUUUGGACCGCUAUACAGGACAGAUAAGGACCCUUCGCUCAUUCACAGAAACAGACGAGGCCCAGCAUAAACUGCUCAUACUGGUCAAAGACAAUGGGAACGUUUCACUCUCAGCAACAGCGACUGUGAUUGUCAAAGUUGUGGAGCCCAAAGAGGCUUUUGCAGCUUCUGAUAUUAAAAAUGCAUUAAAAGACGAGGAGGAAAACAACGUGACAUUUUUUUUGAUCAUCACUUUGGGUUCAGUUUCGGUGCUUUUUGUCAUCAGCAUCAUUGUGUUGAUUAUAAUGCAGUGCUCUAAAUCGACUGACUAUUCGUCGAAGUAUUUACAGGACACAAAUUACGACGGGACUCUGUGUCACAGCAUCCAGUACAGAUCUGGAGACAAACGGUACAUGUUAGUUGGACCCAGAAUGAGUAUCGGCUCUACUAUAGUCCCUGGCAGUAAUGGAAAUACUCUAGUGAUCCCAGAUCGCAGGAGGAGAGAUUCUGGAGAGGAUCGAGUGCACUAUGUGGGUUAUUUUAUGUUCUGA